AUGCAAACAUUGGAGGCGUAUCUGCUCCGUUAUCACCAUGAACCGAUAGACUCUUGUUUUAACUUUUCCAUCUCGCAACUUAUCAAUCUCGCAAAACACAGCGGUCCUAGUGAAUCGACAAGUAACAGUUUGGCUAAAGCUAGACUUGUUCAGCAUGCAAAGUUUGACAUUUCGAUUUCCAUCAAUUUGUUUUGCUUUGCAAAAUGGUUUCCAAAGUUUGCCAACAUGAUUUUUGCGUCUAAAGCUGGAUUUGAUAGCGUCAAGGUUGCUCUUAAAGAUUCCAUCUUGCGAAUACUAGAUAGAAAAAUCGAAUUAUUUGAUUUCAAGCCAUUUCUCAAUUCUCCUACCGUUAACCCUAACGCUGAUGCAAAUUUGGAUAGCCAUGAAUUUGAUGACUGGGACGAAUUGGACACCAAUAUUUUCAAUCUUAUGUCGUCCCAGCAUAGAGAGGAACCCCGUUUCAAUGAAAUCGUCUCUUGGCUUUCCAUGGAGCAAGUUAUUUUUAACUGCAUGCUGUGUACAUUUUCGAUGCGGCAGCUUUUUGGCGAUUUUAAAGUGCAAGGGAAAAUGCCGAUGCCGCUCAAUGGCUCCUUAUCGCCUUGCGUUAGCGUGGCGCGUUCAUUAUCCGAAUUUCAGGGAGUCAUCCUUUCCAUCAGCUCGCCACAGGGUCAAUUGCUGCAUCAGGGCUUUCAAUGCCACAAUUCCAAGUGCAAGUCUUUCUAUCACACUGCGACUCGGCUUAUUUGGAUUGAUCCAAGGUCUUCUUUGUUGUCUAACUUUUGUCCAAGCUGUUCUGGCCAGCUUACAGAGCUAAUCCCAGCCAGGAUCAUUUCGGCCUUCAAUGUUGUAAUGUUGCUUGUUGAAAAGACCCCGGGUGUUUUUGCGCUUGCCAAGCUGAUUUUUUCUACGGAGCUCGUAAAAUCCGAGUCUUUACUGGUUGGAAAUUGGAUGUGUCUUUUUGGAUAUUCAGAUGGCAUUUUCAAAAAUACCCCAGCAUUGCAGGCUUGUGACGAGGCGUUUUUAUUUGGCGCCAAGGAAGCGAAUUACCCCUUCCUAAAGGCAGAAAUUGAAAUUCAUCCUGUUGCCUCAUGCUACAGGCUUCCAUACUUUUAUUCACUGCACGACUUUUGCAAUUCAAAAGUUGCUCCACAAAAUCCGAGUUUCCAACACGCCAUUUUGCGGUGGACCGGUUCAUUCUCAUUUGGACUGUGCACCACAUUUUUUCCGCAACAUUUUAGGCUAGCGCUGAUCAUAAGCGUAGUUAGCGCGCUGACGUCUUCGAUCGGCAAGCCGCUGCAUUUGCUGAUUUUCCACCAGGAGGACCAUUUCAUCAAGCACAUCAUUAUGAGGCUUAGAAAAUACUUGUGGAAUGUCCCCUGGUCUUCAACGGAGGCAUCAAACGCUGGCAUUGUGCAAUCGAUGCAGAAAUAUAUCGAUGCCGGCUCUGGAAAGACUAGCCAUGUCGCGGAAGUGCCCUUAGCAAUGCAACUGUCCCGAAAUUCUAUUUUCUGGAUUCAUUCCCCGCUUUUUAAGUCCAAAAGGCUGCCGUUUGAAUUUGACCAUCUGGUAUCGCCACAGUGCUGCUGCUCUGUGUUGGCUCAUACCGAUGUAGCUCGCCAAAGUCUUGAUACCAAAACCGACUCUUCGUAUGUAAAUGCUCUGUCUUCUUUCGACAUGAUAAUAGAAUAUGUCAAUCCAAGCUCAACGAGAGCGGUCAAUGAUGCUCUUUUUGACUUGUAUCAUCAAUCCUAUGAUGUUUCCGAGUUUUUUUCCUUGCUAAUGCCCAUUUCUUCCUUGUUGUCCAGAAUCCACCAGGUUUCGUUUGAUUGGGCAGAAGAGGCCAAGGAGCUCGUGCAAAACUAUUUUCUUGCCAUUCGGUCGUCCUAUUCUCGAGACAGCCACAUGAAGAAGGAGAAUUUCAGCUUUGUGUUUCCAGAAUUUUCAACAUCUCAAGUGGAGGUAACUGGGACAUCCAUGGUCGUUCCAAAGCAAUAUCAUCUUGGAUUUGAAACGCCGACAACAGUUGUCGAAAGAAUCGUUAGACUUGCCAUUAUCCUUUCCCUGCUUUCAGUUCCGUUCAGAGGUCCAGGAAAGCCCAUACAAAUAGGAAACGAGGAAGUCCUAUUAAGGUACGUGCUGACAUUUGCGUAUUUCUUUAGCAUUUGGUAUAUUGAUCAAUCGAUAUGCCUAAAGAUUGGUUCAUCAAUUGUUCCCUCUAUCCCAUUUCCCCUUUUGGACUUUGAAGGCUCCAUUUCGAUGAUGAGAAAUUCGAUUUCCGAGCACAUAGCAAAACAUCGCUAA